AUUGAUACCAGACACUCGUGACGAUGAAGGCGGCGGCGGUGCUCCUCGUACUCUGCAUGUUGAUCGGAUCUGUGCAAGGCGUCCAGUUUGACAUCCCCACGCGUGUGGAGAAGUGCCUGAGCGACGAAGUUGCCCAGGACUCCUUUGUCCUCAUCCAGUACGACGUGCUUGGAAACGCCCAGGGUCGAACGGGGGUAUCUGUCAUGAUUCAGGAUCCAUUGGGCAAGUACAUCAAGGAAGACUCGGACGUGGACGUGUCUAGCGGCGACUUGCACAAAUUCUCGUUCAAUGCAGGCACCGCGGGGAGCUUUUCGACGUGCUUUUUCAACUCGAACGAGUACAACGUGCGCGUAUCGCUGGACUUCAAGCACGGCGUCGAAGCCAAGGACUAUUCGGAGAUUGCCAAGCGCGAACACCUCAUGCCAGUGGAAAAGGAACUCCGAAAGUUGGAAGACACCGUAGACGAGAUCCACCGAGAGAUGCUGUACAUGCGCGAGCGCGAAGCAGCCAUGCGCGACACGAACGAGUCCACAAACGCACGCGUGCUCUGGUUCAGCUCGUUCUCCAUCUUUGUCUUGCUCGCCAUGGGGCUAUGGCAGGUUAUCUACCUCAAGAAGUUCUUUAAGUCCAAGAAGCUCAUCUAAUCAUCGCAUUAUCACAAGGGGGCGGAAAUAUAUUUUUAUGACAAAUCAAUGUUGGCACUUCCUCGAACCAAAUAUAUUUUAUUAUUAUACUUUUCCA